UUAAAAUCCGUUACAAAGUCGAAGACCCACCAAUUAACCGAAACCAAAAAUUAGUGCCACACCAUUUCAAAAUCUGGAAAAGAGGACAAUUCAAAUUCACACAAAAACCGUGCAAAUUCCAUUCAAAACCUUCACCUCCGACUCUUAAACGGCGUUCGGAAUCACCAUCGCCGCCACCGUAGUGCCGCAUUCAUGCCGUUAAUUCACGACGUUAGCUGUUGAUGUUUGAACUUCAAAUAAAGCCUACUUAUCAAUGAUCACGUAUUCGCCUCAGAUUUUAGCUGUUGAUGUUUGAACACGUCAGUUGAUUUGUUUGCUGAGACAUGCCUCUUCUCCGUAGAUUCUUUUACAGAAGACCGCCAGAUGGCUUGCUUGAGCUUGCGGAUAGAAUCUAUGUUUUUGAUUCUUGCUUUUCAACUGAAGUUCUACCAGUGGGACUAUACCACCUUUACUUGCAUGAAAUUAGUAACGAGUUACAUGAAGAGUUUCCCGAGUCAUCUUUUCUCGCAUUUAACUUUCGCGAAGGUGAAAACCGGAGCCAAUUUUCCGAAAUAUUAUGCAAGUACGACAUCACCGUCAUAGACUAUCCAAAACAAUACGAGGGUUGUCCUCUAUUACCAUUAUCUCUCGUCCAUCAUUUUCUCCAUCUUUGUGAAAGCUGGCUUACUCUCGAAACCAAUCAAAACGUUAUUUUGCUUCACUGUGAGAGAGGCGGUUGGUCGGUUUUAGCAUUCCUUUUAGCCAGCCUUUUAGUUUACAAAAAGUUGCAUACUGGAGAACGCAAAACUCUUGAAAUUGUUUGUCGGGAAGCUCCACGAGGUUUAUAUCAUUUACUGUCACCUUUAAAUCCGUACCCGUCACAGCUCCGGUACCUACAAUAUAUAUCAAGAAGAAAUUUAUCUGAAGAGUGGCCCCCACCCUCAAGAGCAUUGUCUUUAGAUUGUCUUAUUCUUCGCGCUAUUCCAAAUUUCGAUAAUAGAAAUGGGUGCAGACCGGUUAUUCGAAUAUACGGCAGAAAUCUUCUCAGUAAGGAUGGGCUUUUGACACAAAUGAUAUAUUCAACUCCUAGGAGUGGUAGAAAUCUUCGGCAUUAUCACCAGAAGCAGAAUGAUGUUAUUAAGAUUGAUAUUCAGUGCUUGGUGGAAGGUGAUGUUGUACUAGAGUGUGUCCAUUUAGAUGUCGACUGUGAAAGAGAAGUUAUGAUGUUUCGCGUAAUGUUCAAUACCGCCUUUAUUAGAUCUAAUAUUUUGAUGCUCAAUCAUGACAACCUGGACACUCUUUGGGACUCAAAGGCUCGAUUUCCUAAAAAUUUUAGAGCUGAGGUUCUUUUUGGAGAUGUUGAGAAUAUUUCAACACCGAAAACUCCAAUCACGAUUUUGACUGGAGAAGAAAAAGGUGGAUUGCCGAUUGAAGCCUUCAACAAAGUUCAAGAACUAUUUAGUGGGAUUGAAUGGGGUAAUGGUGGUGACGAUACUGCUUUAUGGCUGGUUAAGCAGCUGUCACAGUUAAACGAUGCAAAAGAAUUGUCAAUUCUGAGGAAUAGAAGUACACCUUCUUCACCUUUUGACUCCUCUGAGGAUGAAAAUAAUACCCCUAGUGUUGCUGACAGUUUGGAGUAUUUGGAAUCUGAAAGGAGUAACGAAACACCUACUCCUACUAUUGAUUCAAGUGUUUCAUCGCCAAAUCAAGUUUCGGUUGAAGAUGUUUCAACUGGCUCACAACCACCUUUAGUAACUCCUACCAUGGAUUCUUUUAGAGACGCUUCUCCAGUAGCGGCUUCUCCUUCUCCUCCGCCUCCGUCACCGUCACCGUCGUUUUUUAUUAGUUCAGGUGGAGGAUCUCCGCAAUCUCAUUCUUUAAUAACUCCUAGUAAUGUACCACUUCUUCCACCUCCACCGCCAUUUGUAAGAGUUUCAGUCGAUAAAAGCUCUUCGAAGAGCCCACCACCACUCGGUUCUACUUCUAAAGGCACUCCAGAACCUCAACCUACAAUUAGUAGUGGCGCAACCGCUAAAGCUAAUACUACCCCAGGACCACCACCACUACCCCCUCCUCCCCCUCCAGGGGCUCCACAUCAAGGAACGAUUUCUUCAACUAUCAAGCCGCAUGGUCCACCUCCACCAGGUGCGCCACCCCCACCUCCACCUCCGGGUUGUAAUGCUCCCGGUGCGCCGCCUCCACCUCCACCUCCAGGUUGCGGUGGUGGUGGUCCACCUCCACCUCCUGGACCGACGGGCUCAAAUGGCCUGCAGCAACCUGCUGGACGCUUACGUCUUUCUGGUUCUCUGAAUAGUGGAAAAGGUACAGGUGGUGAGGGUAAAAAAAUGUCUCUAAAGCCGUUGCACUGGGUAAAAGUUACUAGAGCAAUGCAAGGGAGUUUAUGGGCUGAUACUCAAAAACAAGAAGACCGGCCAAGGGCUCCUGAAAUUGAUAUAUUAGAGCUUGAGAGUCUAUUUUCAGCUGCUUCUGUUUCUGACAAUAGCAAAGGUGGAGCUCGCCGAGGUGCAAAAAUUAAUAAACCUGAAAAAGUUCAAUUGGUUGAUUUGCGUAGAGCAUAUAAUUGCGAAAUCAUGCUUACUAAGAUAAAAAUUCCUUUGCCUAAUAUGCUUAAUGCCAUCCUUGCGUUGGAUACUUCUGCUUUGGAUAUCGAUCAAAUCGAGAGCCUUAUCAAAUUUUGUCCCACAAAAGAAGAAAUGCAGACAUUAAAGAACUAUACAGGAAACAAGGAAAUGCUUGGAAAGUGUGAACUGUUCUUCAUGGAGCUAAUGACGGUCCCACGAGUCGAGUCAAAACUUCGAGUAUUUGCAUUCACAAUCACUUUUACCAGUCAGGUCAGCGACUUAAGAAGAAACCUAAGUGCAAUCAAUGAUGCUACUAAAGAGAUCAAGGAAUCUGCAAAGUUACGUCAAAUAAUGCAGACAAUUCUUACACUCGGAAAUGCAUUAAACCAAGGCACUGCUCGAGGAUCUGCCAUUGGAUUUAAGUUGGACAGCCUUCUCAAACUGUCUGAUACACGUGCAAGGAACAAUAAGAUGACUUUGAUGCAUUAUCUAUGUAAGCUCCUUGCUGAGAAGAUGCCACAUUUGCUAGAUUUCGACAAGGAUCUGGGUCAUUUAGAAGCUGCUUCCAAGAUACAAUUGAAGACAUUGGCUGAAGAAAUGCAAGCAGUGAGUAAAGGUCUUGAAAAGGUUGAGCAGGAACUCACUGCUUCUGAAAACGACGGUGCUAUAUCUGCUGGCUUCCAAAAGGCGUUGAAGGGUUUUCUUGAUACUGCUGAAGCUGAAGUGCGGGCGCUAAUCUCCUUGUAUACUGAAGUGGGAAGAAAUGCAGAUUCACUUUCACAGUAUUUUGGAGAGGAUCCCGUUCGUUGCCCCUUUGAACAAGUAACACAAAUUCUGGCAGUGUUUGCUAAAAUGUUCAAGAAAGCACGCGAUGAUAAUAAACAGCAAGCGGAUGCCGAAAAGAAAAGAUUAGAGAAAGAAGCUCUUAAAGAACAAUCAUCUGCCAACAAGACUUCAAGGAAGGGGGGUGUUGAUUCCCAGAAAGACCGUAAAACAUGAUCCACGUUAAAUCUCCGUGCAGAAAAUAACAAGACGCCGUUAGCGCGUUCAUUAAAAUCUAGAUAUGAUUCCCAGAAAGACCUUAUAACAUAAAAUGGAAUAGUUGGUGAAGUGGACUAGUUAAGUUGGUUUUGCUUUUGGAAAUUGUACAUAAUAUGGAAUAGUUUGGGAUGCCUUUGUUUUAUGUAUCUCCCUCAUAUGUAUAGAGAUGUUUCAGUGACUAGGGUAGUAGUAACAUACAAAGUUUGUUUUGUACUCAUGUUGUUUGCAAACUUUUGUACAUAAAAAGAUCAAUCGAGUUGGUGUGUUAAUUGAUCGA